AUGAAGACCCCUGACGAAGCAAUGGACUUAAUUGAAAGCAUGGCUGCUAGUGACAUUGCCAUUUUAAGAGACCGAGCCCACAUUCCUAACAAGAAGAGUUUAUUGGAGCUAACCUCACAGGAUGCUCUAUUGGCACAAAACAAGUUGCUAUCCAAGCAACUAGAGACAUUAACAAAAACACUCAAUCAAAUUGCACAUGAAGUCAAUUAUAUGGGGAAUCAGCCCAGAGGCAAUUUCAAUACAAGUGGAUUUCUAGGAUUUCAGAAUAACCAACAGUAUCAACAACAGAGACAGUGGCAAAAUCACCCUGGUAACCAAGUCAAUAGAGACCAUGGUGGUUCAUCUACAAGGCCACAACAGCAGAUGCCAAGUCUCUAUGACCGAACCACAAAGCUGGAAGAGACUCUAGCUCAAUUCAUGCAAGUGUCAAUGUCUAACCAAAAGAGCACCGAGUCUACAAUUAAGAAUCAGGAAGUCCAGGUGGGCCAGCUUGCAAAGCAGUUAGCUGAAAGAUCAUCAAACAACUUUACAGCAAACACAGAGAAAAAUCCUAAAGAAGAGUGCAAAGUUGUGAUGACGAGAAGCAAAAUGGUGACUCAAGCGGAGGAAAUUAGAGCUGAUCAGAAGGUGGAGGGAUCUAAACAACAGUUGGCUGAUGAACUGGUUGUUGAGAUUGAAAAGAAGAAGGGCAAGAGUGAGGCUAACAUAGAAAAGAAUAAAGAGGCUACUCCUAUUGAAUGCAAGGAGGUACCUUACCCAUUGGUACCCUCCCAGAAAGAUAAAGAGCGACAUUUGGCCAGAUUUCUUGAUAUCUUCAAGAAACUGGAAAUUACCUUGCCAUUUGGAGAAGCACUUCAACAAAUGCCCCUCUAUGCCAAAUUUUUGAAAGAUAUGUUAACCAAGAAGAACCGGUACAUCCAUAAUGACAAAAUUGUUGUGGAAGGUAACUAUAGUGUUGUUAUUCAAUGCAUUCUUCCACCCAAGCACAAAGAUUCAGGAGUUGUCACGAUACUGUGUUCUAUUGGUGAGGUUGUUGUAGGCAAAGCUCUCAUAGACUUGGGAGCUAGUAUCAAUUUAAUGUCUCUUUCCAUGUGCCGGCGACUUGGAGAGAUAGAGAUAAUGCCCACACGCAUGACCCUCCAAUUAGUUGACCGCUCCAUCACAAGGCCAUAUGGAGUCAUUGAAGAUGUUUUGGUGAAGGUUAAACACCUUAUAUUUCCAACUGAUUUCGUUGUCAUAGAUAUAGAAGAGGAUGCUAACAUUCCCUUUAUUCUUGGCCACCCACUCAUGUCUACUGCAAGUUGUGUGGUAGACAUGGGCAUGUGA